UUGCUACCAAUAAUUAACAAGCAUGCCUAUUUCUCCACAUUGUCUCUAACACUUGUUAUUUUCCUUUUUUUUUUGUAAUAGUAGCCAUCCUGGUGGGUGUGAAAUGGUAUCCCACUGUGACUAAGGAUGUGCUUGUUAGCCAUUUGUAUAUCUUCUUUGCAGAAAUGUCUGUUCAAGUCUUUUGCCCAUUUUUUAAUCGGGUUGUCUUUUUGGCAAGUGGUAGGGUUUUUUUAAAAUAAAUUCUGGAUAUUAAGCCCUUAUCAGAUAUUUGGUUUCCAAAUAUUUUCUCCCAUUCUGUAGGUUAUCAUUUUACUUUCAUGAUAAAGUUCUUUGAUGUACAAAAGCUUUUAAUUUUGAUGAAGUCCCCUUUAUCUAUCUUUUCUUUUGUUUCUCGUACUUUUGGUGUAUACAUAUUAUUUCUGAUCCUCACAUUUUAGAGAUGGAAAACUUAGUCUCCAGGAAACUCAACAACUUGUACAGUUUCUCAGACUGAGUAAGUUACAACACAAAGGUGCAAACUGAAGUUCAAUUUAUUUCCAGGCUCAUUUGGCUACUCAGCUGAUCUAUGUCAUGCUAUUAUCAUGCCAGGUUUAAUGUUAGUCUCUUUGUGCUGUUAGGGACUGCUGGUAAGGCAAGCUUGUAGUCAACAACCCUUCUACUUCAUACAUGACCUAUGCAGCUGACUUGGAAACUACGUUUUCAAGCCUUCCACUAACCCAACAAACAUAUAAGUCUUUGGGGGUGCAUUGUUGUGCAAAACAUCCAUCCAUCUCUUCUAAAUUAUGGUAGCAAUAUUGGAAAAAAGAAUACCAAGCAAGUAUUACUGUCCUUUUUUAAAUAAAGGAUAAAAGUACAAAGACUGCUGCUGUCAUCCUUUAUGGUUUAAAAAUAUAUUCAAACUACCAAUGAAUGGCAGAUUCUUCUCUAUUUGAAGGUACAUAUUCUAGCAUGGGGGAUACGUAACUACCAACAGAUAAUAUUUAUGCUUUCAGAGAGGAAAAGUGUAGGUCUAUGUAGCGAAGGGCUUCCCUUUUUUAUUUGAUAGGUCCCAGAGUUGACCUUGAAAAUUGUCAGACUAUGGGGCUGUCCCAACCCUGGGAAACUACAAAUCCAGAAGCAGUGAUUCUCAAGGCAGAUUUUGAAGUAGCACAUGGUCUUUUACCUCAAGGGAUAGGUGCAAGUGACUAGCUAACAUCAAUAUGUUUAAUAUUAAACACUGUAUAUACCAGAUGGUACUUUUAAAGGGAUAGGAGAGUAAUCUCAAAAACAAACUAUGGUAGAUUUUUGCACCUGCAAAAAAAAUAAAAAAAAUAAAGGAAAGUUUAAAAGGCAAUAUUUCAUGCAGGAUUUAAACUAACCCAGAAUAUGUUACAGACUGAAAAUAGAAAUCAUUUCCCAAAGAGAAUUAUGUCCAAUACUUUUAAGGUUAUGAAAAGAAAGUAGAAUGCUUAGGAGGUGACUUUCCUGUUCUGUGUUGUUGCUUUCAAGUAGACUAUUAAGGUCCUUGAACAUAUGUCUUGUUUUCUACUAGUCAGGAGAGGAUAUUGGAAUGGAUGAUCCUGGGUCUGAUCCAGGGUAAGAUUCCUAAUGUUUUUUAAAUGUGAUAGGUUGUAGCACUUCUGGCUAUGAAAUGUUUCAGGUAAAACCUAAGUCAUCUUCUUUGGAAACACGUUAAUAGCCGAUGAACUUAGAACUGGCUUUAGAAGCUUGAGGUUAAAUAUUAGCCAUUAUGCCUGCAAAGAAAAAGUUGUAGAAGGCUUAAAUGGAAAAAUGAAAAAGGAACUAAGUAAUGUAUCUUGAUUUUUCUCAGUUGCUAUAAUGAUUCUCAUUACCUGUUGAAAAAAAAGGCCUGUGCUAUAUUUAAUUAUCAGGCCAGUACCCCAAAUCUGCCAAAGUACCUUUGUCUCUGUCAAUCUCUAUUAAUGGCUAAAUUAAAGGGGAGGGGUGUAAUAUGAAAUGAAAUUGUGAAACUCCAGAAAUAUAUGGGUCUUAGUUCAUUUCUCAGUAGUGGAGAGGCCUCGUAGAAAAGAAUAGGUGUGAACAUUUAACUUAUCUAAAAAUAUGCAGUGCCGCCAAACCUGACAAAUUUUGAAGAGUAUAUUACUUUGAAAUCCAGUUUCCUCAUAUGUAUGGAGAAUGUAUGUGGAAAAUACAAUAUUUGGGGCAUGCAAUAUUCAGGACAUACAAUAAAAAAUUAUUUGUUGUUUAUCUAAAAUUUGGAUUUACCUGGGUGUCCCCAAUUUUUAUUUGCUAAUCCUGGCAACCCUGCAUAUGGGAAACACAUCUAUAGUUUAAAAUGCAUAGUGUGUAUUUUGGGCUUUGGGUAUAAAUAUUUAUAGUGUCUUUUGUCUAUUUAACUGUGUUACUAAAGCAACAUUCAGAGUUAAGGGAAUGCUGGUUCAUGAGAAAUUUCUUUAAACAUUCUUAUGGGAAUAACUUUGGGUCCAGGAAAGGUCAUUUUUUUGUGUUCCAAUAAUGUGGGCCCUGCUUCUUUUUGAAAAGUUUUCAGAGACUCUAAGAAAAAUAGACAGCAGCAAAGGAGAUUGAAAAGUAGGAAGAAAUGCCUAAACAUUUUGAGGGCUGUUCAAGACCUGUUUCAAGUUGUUGAGUAGUUUUAUUCAAAGUUGUAUUGAAAAUAUUUUUAUUUUUCAAUCCUCUAUAUGGGAGUACUAAUGAUUUAUCCCUACUUUGCUUUCAAAAUAUCAUUCAGAUACUUGUCCUCUAACUAGCAAGUGGAAUUGAUUUUCUUUUUGCUUCAUUAUAAAUGCCAAUUUGUUUUUUGUAGAAUUAUGGUGGAGAUGUCCUUUUUUUUUUUUAUAUUACAUACUUAUUUAUUGUGGGUAACUACAGCACUGUGCAGUUAAGAGAAUCAUUCAGUUUCCGUAUGUUUGGAAGAAUAUCUUUCUGAAUACUCUAACAUGCACAGUUAGAAUGACCUAACACUGUUCCCUGGUGUACCAAGGGUUUGUUCCAGAUGUUAGAACAGCAGAACUUGUUUGCUAGAAUGUUCCAUCAUGGAACUGUAGUCUCUGGUUAAGUAGAUAUUCAUGGACAAUAGCAUAUUAUUCCUUCUUUUACCGUCCUACCAAUUCAAUUCAAUUGAGACAACUGAAUUGGCAAAUACAUCAUUUGCCUAUCAAAUAAGACAAAUACAUCAUUAAAGAAAUUAAACCGCAAGGAUCAAACAGACCACAGAGUUUAUAGGAAAAGAGAAAAAAAAACCCAAGAGAUGAGAUGCCAUUGUCAGAUAAUCUGAAAUGUGAAGAAGUGUGAAAAUUGUGAAUUUGUCAAAGGGUUUUAGAGAAAGUACACUAUAUCCCUGUCCUGUUUUUUAUUUUUCAUUUUUUAGUCAGAUUUUCACAGGAAAUUCUAAGUUCUUAGGAGUUAGAUUCCUUAGGUCUUGUAAAAUGAAGUAUAUGGAAGAAUCAGUUUUUAAAGUCAGAAGGAACCUUAGAAGUCAGCUAUUUUAUAGCUAAAGAAACUCAGCCCAUAGCUGGAAAAAAAAAAAACAAAAAACUGAGCCCCAUGAAAUUAAUGCAUCUUACCCAAGAUUACACUUUUGGUUAGUGCUCUCCUGUCUUCCAUUUCUCACCAAAAGGUGCCACUGCAGUUUCAGUUUCCUUCUACCAUCACUAGUAUUCCGUGAUUUCAGGAAGAAUUCUCAGCUCCUUCACUUUCCUGAUACCCGGGAAUUCUUAUUAAGUUAUGAGUAACAAAGUGCAAAAUAUGAGUCAAAAUUUAGUCGCUAAUAAAGUCAUUGUAACUUUAAUGACUUGGGCAGUUGUUUCAUGCUGCCAAAACAGGAAGAUCCCACACAAUAAGGCGCCUGUCUCACAGCUGGGCUCGUGCGUAAACGGCCACCCACAAAAGCGACUGGGACACUCUUCCUUGCUUUGACACCUUUGUUUUUUUGUCUGCACAGUUUUCUCCUACUGACUUUACCAUGAGAUUAUCAAUGAGAGGAAAGUGCUUGCUCUAUCUAGUCUUCAGUCUGCUGGAGAGUAUUUUUGAUCAUUUUGUAUUCACUCCUAGGUGAUUUCCAGGCCACCCCUGGCAAGCGUAUUAGUCUUAGAAGUAGCUCUGCCGUGUGCUUGGUACUAGACUCCAUGUAUCAUUUUGUGAUAUUAGUAUUCUGGGUUGUUUUAUUCUUAGAAGCAUAAAAUCAGCACAUUUUAGAGCUGGAAAGACUGUCUAAGAUUAUUCUAGCCCACUCCUCCUGUGUGAUUAAUUUAGCUAAGAACUCCCAAAGAACAGUUACGUAGCUUGCCUGUGAAUCUUUGCACAAAGCCCAAACUAGUCCUCCAUUGAGAAAUAUAGGAAAAUGAGGACAUGUUCCAUCACUUCAGAAGAAAGUGGUUCAGAAGAAAAUAAUCUCUGUAUGUAGCAUUGAAACUAAAGAGAAAUUGAAGCCAUAAAACAAAAUGUACUUAUCAAGUGUAAUUGAAUUUCUAAUUUUACUAGUUAUUCUAUAUUUUUCAAAUAACUUCCCACUAUUGAAGGAAGCCUAUGCAAAAAAAAAUCAUAGAUAAUUUCAUAGAGAAGAUAUACUCCAGGCAAAUGAUAAUAAAUGAUAUAAAAAAUGAUAUCUUUUCCCUUUAGAAAAAAACCCUGCAAUUUCUAGCAAUGUUAGCAAAUCUAUGCUGGGGAUAAACUUAAAGAGACAUUGGAGGAAUUUGUUUUACUAAAGGUUCAUUCACAAACUUGCUUUUCUAUGCUGAAAAGGGUUUUUAGGCAUUUCCUCUGGGGACUUUAUUUCUAGGUAGGCUCUAACAGAAUUUUCUUGUGAAAGACAGAUUCUUAACAGAAAAAUAGGAUCUGUGUACAUUAAGCAGUAGUGACUCCUUUAUCUUUGAAAUAGUAUGUUCCUGUUUGUGGAUUUCUCUACUGCGUUUGAUAAAGUAUAUAUGUCAAUUCCGUUUCAAUCCUGUAACUCUUUGGGACACAGUUUUACUCAGGAGCUAUAUUACCUCCAAAUGUGGCCUGAACACCUAACUUGAUGAACAGGCAGUGAUAAAUAGUUCUGUUCCUUUGUUGGUGACUUGUUCUUAUAUACGGAAGUAUUUUUGAUUUGGGUUGCUUUUCUCAGUAGUGUUUAGGGAGAUGUGUUUUCUUGAAAGCAUUGGUUGCUGGUAAAUAAUGUGUUCGGGCUGUAGGAAGCUGCCACAAAAUUUAUCAUAAAACCAUGAAAGGUUAGAGCUGACAGGCUGAAAUCCUAAAAUUAUGCACCACUCUCAUUUUACGCAUGAGAGGUCAAGUGACUUCACAAGACUACUAGUGCAGAACUGAGAAUGGAACUCAAGAUUUGUUCACUACUCCCAGAUGGUAGUUAGAUGCUGGAAGCCUAACUAUGUUCCCCAACUGUCUCCUCAGCCUUAACCUCAACGUAAUUUAUAGCCAUUCCAUUCCCUUGAUGUGUUUCAUCAAACAGGCCAGCACUAAUAACAUUGAUUGGACUCUACAUCACCAGAAUGUGAAAGAUACCCCGUCUGCUCUGUGAAGGCCAUGGCUGCCAUCCUUAGUUUAUACAGAUCCUAAUAUGAGUGGGCCCUUCAUAAAUGUUUUUUGAUGAAAGCAAUAAUUGCCGUAGUCAGUGUGGUUAGGCCCUCCCUUAUGGAGGAGGAAAACCAGUGGUGGUUGCUAAGCAACAUUUAAAGGACUGGGUCAGUUUCUGACACCAAGUGACCUCCAUUUGCGUACUUCAUCAUGUUGUGUGUUUAUGGUUGCCUUAAGAUGACUUUGCCAUGCCUUUGGUGAAUGGCUCAUAGAAGAACUUGUUUGGGCAAGAGAAGGAGGACAGUGGUAUUCAUCUAUUAACUACUUAUGUGAAUACACUGACCCCUUCAAUAAGCUAUGCAGGAAGGGUGAAGAGUUUGGUUUAUUCUCAACCCAGUGGGAGAGAGCUACCUCCCUUGUCCCUCAUUGGGACCGAUUGACAAUGUAUCUCAAGAGGGUCCUCCAACUUUUGAAGGCUAUAGAAAGAAAAUAAAGAGAAGAUUCUUUUAUUUCCUGGCAUUUUAUGAUUCAAUUUCUACCUGCUUCUAUCCUCUGAGCUGAGGAAUAUGUAUAAGGCUAAUAAAGAACCGGCCCUAUCCUUGCCAGACUGUUCACUAUUGUGGUUAACCAACAUGCCCUAAUAUAUCUGACCUUUUAUACAAGCAUGUAGGCUGAUUAAAAGCAUGAAAGGGAUUUAAUUUUUCACUGCCAUAUCCCCAUUGUUUUACUUGGUACAUUUUAGAUGUUCAAUAAAUAUUUGUCAAAUACAUGAUAAAAUGGUAUUAAUGAAUUAGUGAAAACCUGACUGACUCAAAAAUAUUUCUAAGUAUUUCAAAGACACAAAAGGAACCAAAAUGAGGGUGAGUGUUUGACUAAUACCUUUGACUAAGUCUAGUGCAGAGACUUAGUUAUGAAAAAAAUUAUGUCUUUAAGUUUUGUACAGUAAAUUUUCACAGUGGUCCAGUAGUUUGCUUCUUUGCCAAAAAUCAGCUCUGAUUAAUCGGCUUCCAAGUCUUCAGUAUAAGUGACUGUCUUUCGAGGACUGAAAAUGAGAGGUCAUUAUGACUGAGCAGUUGUCUUUAAAAAUAAAUAACUUUGAAUGUAUGCGAUUCACCUGAAGUUCAAAAUUACACAGAGAUUUAGUUUAAUAAAUAAAGCACACUAGCUGAGAUGAUAGGAACAGGGAUCCCUGGUUACUAUUACUAACAUAUUAUAUCAUGGGAAAAGCACACAUACACAAACAGCGUUAUACAGAAAGAGGGUGAUUAUGCCUUUUUGAGGACAAUGCAUAGUGCAAUGAGCCAGCAGGCAGCAGCACUGACUGCAUUGACUUCACCUCAAAAGGCCCCAUCUCCUGGGCCCAAGCAAUGAUGGCAUGACCCAGGGUUUGCAUGUUUGAAGAGGAGAAGCCGCUGUCGUCGGUGCAGGAUGCUCAUUUGAAAGAGUAAAGCCUCACAUGAAAGAGAGCCAAAUGUGAAUGGGGGCUGUUGCCAUGGUGCUUUGCUGUUCUUUUAAUAUGCUGUACUUGAACUCUUGGGAAUCCAGGGGUGGGGUAACAGAGUGGAGGGUGAAGAGGGGCAUGAGUUGGGCCUGGAUAAGGAGUCCCAGGGCAGCAGGGCUCUAGCCUUAGAUUUUAGUCUUGCCUGUGCUUUAACUGACAAGAAGAGAAAGGGAGAGAAAGAAAAGCCAAAAGGAAAGGGAUGAAUUUCUCAACAUGCCCUAGAUUCUUAAAAUAAAAUAAAAUUUAAUUUAACUCCUAAAUAUUUCUAAUAUGAAUUAGAAGAUGCAAUACCAAAACACCAAAAGAGCCUAGUAAUUCAUAACCCCAAAUAAUUCAUCAUCCCUUCAGCAAACAGUACCUUGUAUUUCCUAACACACUCUGUAUCUUAGAUCGAAAGACCGAAUGUGUUUAAUCCAUUUGUCAAAUGCAAUCUCAUAUGCAUAUUAAUAAGCUGACAGAGGGCAGACAAUUGCAUUCUGCAUAUGAAGUACUUUUAAAACAAAAUAAUUUCGAUUCUUAUUCCUUUCAUUUUGAAGAAGGCUGGAUGCAUGUCCGCCCACUGUUGGUUUGCAAACCACCCUCCAAAAAGCCAGUUAAAUUUUGUGUGUGUGUUUCCUGAAAACCUAGUCUGAAAACAUCCACACUUCUAACCUUUCUCAAUUAUUUUUUUUUUUAUGAUCAGAAAGGAAAUGAACACUUUGAAGCAAUAAGAAUGACAGAGCUUUGUGCAGAGGCUGCAUCUGUGAAGUAGUUGUCUCUGCAGUGGAGAGGGUUAAGGAACACCUAGUUGAAAUGGGGGAGGGUACCUACUUCACACUUACUUAAAUAUUCAUGGGGCUUCCUCCAUUUUAAUCUUCUCCUUUUUAAAAGAUGGCUGUGUUUCCCAGUCUGGCAAAACCUCAGGAAAGGCGAAUUGCUCCUUCCUUGCAGAGUUCAACUGAGCAGCACUAAUCUAAAGUAGAAACUCCUUCGGCCACCAGGACUAUUCAUAAUUCAUAAAAUACUUCAAACCAGCCAGCUGAAUACAUUUGGACAGGCUUUUGCUCCUUCGUGCAAUCCCUGAUUUCAUUGCUCUCCUCUGCCAGGAAAUAAGCAGGGAGCAUAGGCUUCUUGCAAGAAUGGAAUAUGAAGAUGGGCUUUGUUUGGAUUAAGAAAUGCCAUAAACUUUGGAGGCUUUGUCUUUUAUAAGCUUUGAUUAUUUUACACUGGAUCUGCAGGGUUUUCCUGGUCCUUUGGAGAUUGCUCUCUCUGAACUGUGAAUUCUUUCAAAGGGAUUUGUGGAUUGUGGCAAGGAAAGCAUUCCAAAAUGCCUGAGGCUAACUAUUUGUUAUCUGUAUCUUGGGGUUACAUCAAGUUCAAAAGAAUGCUGAACCGGGAGCUGACACACCUCUCGGAAAUGAGCCGAUCAGGGAACCAAGUGUCUGAAUACAUUUCAAAUACUUUCUUAGACAAGCAGAAUGAUGUGGAGAUUCCAUCUCCCACCCAGAAGGACAGAGAGAAAAAGAAAAAGCAGCAGCUCAUGACACAGAUAAGUGGAGUGAAAAAAUUGAUGCACAGUUCAAGCUUAAACAAUACGAGCAUCUCACGCUUUGGAGUCAACACGGAAAAUGAAGAUCAUCUGGCCAAGGAGCUGGAGGACCUGAACAAAUGGGGUCUUAACAUCUUCAAUGUGGCUGGAUAUUCACAGAACAGGCCCCUAACGUGCAUCAUGUAUGCUAUAUUCCAGGAAAGAGACCUCCUAAAGACAUUCAAAAUCUCAUCUGACACUUUUGUAACCUACAUGAUGACUUUAGAAGACCAUUACCAUUCUGACGUGGCAUAUCAUAACAGCCUGCAUGCUGCUGAUGUAGCCCAGUCAACCCAUGUUCUUCUUUCUACGCCAGCAUUAGAUGCCGUCUUCACAGAUUUGGAAAUCCUGGCUGCCAUUUUUGCAGCUGCCAUCCAUGAUGUUGAUCAUCCUGGGGUCUCCAAUCAGUUUCUCAUCAAUACAAAUUCAGAACUUGCUUUGAUGUAUAAUGAUGAAUCUGUUCUGGAAAACCACCACCUUGCUGUGGGUUUCAAACUGCUGCAAGAGGAACAUUGUGACAUCUUCCAGAAUCUCACCAAGAAGCAGCGUCAGACACUCAGGAAAAUGGUUAUUGACAUGGUGUUAGCAACUGAUAUGUCCAAGCACAUGAGCCUAUUGGCAGACCUGAAGACAAUGGUAGAAACAAAGAAAGUGACAAGCUCAGGUGUUCUUCUCUUGGACAACUAUACUGAUCGUAUACAGGUCCUUCGCAACAUGGUACACUGCGCAGACCUCAGCAACCCCACCAAGUCCUUGGAAUUGUAUCGGCAAUGGACAGACCGCAUUAUGGAGGAAUUUUUCCAGCAGGGAGACAAAGAGCGAGAGAGGGGGAUGGAGAUUAGCCCAAUGUGUGAUAAGCACACAGCUUCUGUGGAAAAAUCACAGGUUGGUUUCAUUGACUAUAUUGUCCACCCACUGUGGGAGACCUGGGCAGACCUGGUACAGCCUGAUGCCCAGGACAUUCUGGAUACAUUAGAAGAUAACAGGAACUGGUAUCAGAGCAUGAUACCCCAGAGUCCCUCCCCACCACUGGACGAGAGGAACAGAGACUGCCAGGGUCUGAUGGAGAAGUUUCAGUUUGAACUGACUCUUGAAGAGGAAGAUUCUGAAGGGCCCGAAAAGGAGGGAGAGGGUCACAACUAUUUCAGCAGCACAAAGACGCUUUGUGUGAUUGAUCCAGAAAAUAGGGAUUCACUGGAAGAGACUGACGUGGAGAUUGCAACAGAAGACAAGUCCCCAGUAGACACAUAAUCUCCCUCUCCAUGAGGUGAUGAACUUUCCACCCUUAACAAGCAUGCCAGCUGUGUGGUAGGGCAAGCCCACCAUGGGGGUCAAGGCCUGCACCGGACAAGGGCCACAUGGCCUUUCCAGUGACUUGAGUUUGGAGCCAGAGUGAAAGACCGUGAAGCAAAUAGCAGCCCAGGAAAUUCCAGGAUUGGCUUGCCUUGCUUGCAAGCCUCGUGGAGAGCUGAAGCUUUAUGUGGUACUGGAGGCCAGUUUGGAUCAGACUAAAUGGCUUGAAAACAGACGACACAAAACUGAGAGAUUUUUCUGCACUAAAUUUUGGGAACCUAUCCCCUCUAGUGACUGAACUUACUAAUAACUUUGUUAAUAAAUUUGCUCACUUUUCCCCUUGUCUGCCAACCUGUGUGCCUUUUUUGUAAAACAUUUUCACGUCUUUAAAAUGCCUGUUGAAUACCUAUAGCUCAGCAUCAACUUAUACAGAGAAUAAGCGUUUCAAGGUUGACAUAAACUUUUUUGAUUCUUUCUGGAAGAAAAAAAGUCAAGAAAACAGUCUUCCUUCUUUCUUGGGCAAUAUCUUUCACUUUACUACAGUUACUUUUACAAGUAGACAGAAAGGAUAUACUGCUAACCACACUCUACUUCCUUCCCCUAUCUUCCAAUCCAGCUCCACAGCUGCCCUUAUAACUCUGUUUGCCUGCUUUGAAGAAUAGUCUUUCUCCUCUCGAGUUUCACUCUUUUUGCUGCAAACAGAAUAAAAUGGAACAGAGUAGGAGGUAGGAAGGGGUAGGGGUGAUGUUUACGGUAACAGUCUAUGUCAACCUCAGCUUAGUAAGGCAGUGUGCUCCAUGCUGGGUCCUCAGCCCCCUUUGCCAAGUGGAAGUUGCACGCUCCUAAGCCCUGCCCCUCACUCCUUCCACCUCCACUUACCCUGUUUUCAACUUAAUGCUGACGUCUUUCUCUCGCACUGCCUUCUGCUCUGACGCCUCCAUUCCUGUUUAUAAUGUAUUUAUUACUUAAUGUAUAUAAUGUAAUGUUUUGUAAGUUAUUAAUUUAUAUAUCCUAACAUUGCCUGCCAAUGGUGGUGUUAAAUUUGCGUAGAAAACUCUGCAUAAGAGUUGCGACUUUUUCUCGUAACGUUUUGUAUUAUGUAUUAUACAACCUGAAUGCUUAAGAGAGACAUUUGACUCUUGCCAGUGAGAACGUUGGUAGGCUUUUAUUCAGAAGGUCUGCCCUUUCCCUGUCUGAGUUGCUAAUACUGUGCAACCCCCUUAUGAACUGGUUUUGGAAACAUGAUCUUCACAACAUUAGAUACCAAACAGUUUAUACUGAGAUUUUACUUUUGUAUAGUUUGAUAGGGGUAGAGGGCAGUGGGGUGUGAUUUUUACCCAUGUCCUAUCCAAAUUGGUGUGCACAUGAGCUGGGUUAUAACUGGUUUCUACUGUAAUUGUGGCUAUAGGUUAAAAGGCAACACUACAUUUGCUCACAGAUGAUCCUUCUGAGUGUUCCCAAACUACUGACUUUGAAGAGAAAGCCUCCUGCCUGUUAUUAAGCAGGAAUGUGUUCCAAUUAAUUACAAAAGAAGAGGAUAAAACAAUGUGAAUUUUUAUUAAAAAAAAAUGUGAAUUGAUGUAGUAAAUUAUGCAAAUGUGAAGCUUCUUCUGAUAACAUUUGUUAGGCCUCUUACUGGCAUUUGUCUCUGUAAACUAUGUUUCAUGCUUUCAGUUCAACAUUGCAACUCAAUAGUUAAAGAAAAGGCACGAAUUGUGCAUGACCAAUGGGUUUGUAUAACUAAUGAACACUGCAUUGUUUCAGAUGGACAUUUUAUUGUUUUCAAAAGUUUCUCACAAUGUAUGUUAUAGUAUUAUAUAUUGUGCUCAAAUGCAUUCUUAAGAAACUUUUAUAUGUGGUGAAUAAACAAAAGCAUGAUCAGA